AAAGAAUGUGAUGCUUCUGACGUGUGUGAUGACGAUGCCAAACCGAAUGGUGGAAACUUCUUCUUUAUAUAGUAUUCAUAUGCUUGCUCUAAAGAAAUAAUUAAUGGCAAUGAUUUUCAUACGCUUGUUCCGAAGAAACAAUUAAUGGCUAAGAUUUAGUCUUGGUCACCAAAUUUAAUCUAAAGGCUAAAAAUGGUACUUGGCAAUCAAGACAAAUCCAAAGGCAAAUAUUGAAUCCUUUGUCUCCAAGCCAUAUAGAAUAUUCAAUAUUCUAGUAAAUCAAAGCACCAAAUUAACACUUAAAUUAAAGGAUAUAAAACCUCAACAAUAACUAGUUUCUAGUUUCACUGCAAACCAAGCUCUAAGUUAGCACAUGGAUACCAUAGUCAUCUACCCGUUCACCGGCAUUGGCCACCUUGCACCCAUGACCGAGUUCGCCAAGCUAAUCGUCGCCCAAGGUUUCUCCGUCGCCAUCCCCAUCCCUCCACCCAUCAACCCCUCGCUUUCCACUUCCGCUACUGAUAACUGCAUCUCCAGCGUCUCCUCCACCCACCCUUCCAUUUCCUUCCACCGCCUGCCACCUUUCACCAGCGACUACUCUUCCAAGAAGCGGGCCGUCCUCCGGAAAUCCUUCAUCCGCGCUGCCAACCCCCACCUUCGUGACCUAGUGAGGGACAUCUCCCAGACUUCAAACAUCCGCGCCAUCCUCGUUGACUUCUUGAGUCUCGAGGCACUCGACGUCGCUACCGAGCUCCAGCUCCCAGCCUACGUCUUCUUCACCUCUGGCGCCUUGAGUCUUUCCUGUUUCCUCUACCUCCCCACAUUACACAACGAGAUGACAUCCAGCUUUAAUGAACUCGGAGAAACUCCGAUCCACAUCCCUGGCUUACCACCUAUCCCAGCCUCUCAUAUGCCAGAUCACAUGCGAGAUCGAGAUGAGGGGUUGCAAGCCUUUGUUGAUGCAUUCUCACGUAUCCCGGAUGCCAAAGGCAUCAUCGUCAACUCAUUCGAGAUUCUGGAGUCCAGAACACUGAAGACAGUGCGCGAAGGUCACUGUCUCCCGAACAGAGAUACACCACCAGUGUAUUGCGUGGGACCGUUAACCACUGGAACUGGAAGUGAAGCAGGAGAGAGACACGAGUGCUUAACAUGGCUCGACAAGCAACCCAGAGGGAGUGUUGUGUUCCUGUGCUUCGGGAGCAGGGGACGCUUCCCGGCGGAGCAAGUGAAGGAGAUCGCGUUGGGACUGGAGAGAAGCGACCAGAAGUUUCUCUGGGUUGUGCGAAGCCCACCUGAUCCGGAUAAUUGGUUCGCGAGUUCUAACGAGGUAGAUCUUGACACACUUCUCCCUGUUGGGUUCCUGGAGCGAACAGAGGAGAGGGGAAUGGUGGUGAAAGCGUGGGCGCCGCAAGAGGAGGUGCUGAACCACGAGGCCACGGGUGGCUUCGUGACACACUGCGGGUGGAACUCUGUGCUGGAGGGGGUGCGCGCCGGCUUGGGGAUGAUAGCGUGGCCGUUGUAUGCGGAGCAGAAGAUGAACAAAGUGUUGCUGGUGGAGGAGAUGAAGCUGGCGGUAGAGAUGAAGGGUUAUGAUAAGGAAAUGGUGGCGGCGGAAGAGGUGGAAACUCGCGUGAGGUGGUUUAUGGGGUCCGACGGCGGGAAGAAGUUGAGGGACCGGGCCAAGGAGAUGAAGGACAGCGCGGUGGCGGCGCUCAGCCAUGGAGGAUCGUCACAUGCUGCCAUGGUGGAGUUGCUGUCAAAUAUUAGUAAUUAAUGGGAUCUAUAGUGACUGGCUGAGCCUUUCAUUGUCAAGUGCCUCCGUGAGACAUCGGCGGAGUUGAAUCUAGGCCAUUCUUGUUUACUUUUUUUAUUCCGCAUCUUUGUCUGUGGAAUUUGCCUUUUUUGUUUAAUAAAAUUAUGAUUUAUCUA